CAAAAAAAAAUAUUGUCCUACUCAUAACUAUAUUAACGGCACAAACUUCCCCUCAAACUUUGCUUCAAAAAAAAAAAAAAAAACUUCACUAAUUUAAAAUUGUUUUCAUUAUCUGAUCAUGAGUUGGUCUUCAUUUUUGGUCUCCUAGGUAACAUUGUCUCAUUCAUGGUGUUCUUAGCACCCUUGCCAACCUUCUAUACAAUAUACAAGAACAAAUCAUCUGAAGGAUUUCAAUCAAUUCCAUAUGUAGUUGCACUUCUAAGUGCAAUGUUACUGUUAUAUUAUGGUUACCUUAAGACCAAUGCAAUUUUGAUCAUCACCAUCAACUGUAUUGGAUGUGUUAUAGAAGUUGCAUACCUUCUCAUGUAUAUUAUAUAUGCUCCCAGGAAGCACAAGAUUUCUACCUUGUGGAUGAUGCUUGGUGCUGACGUGGCUGGUCUUGGCAUAACCAUGAUAAUCACCACCUUCAUUGUGAGAGGGGACAAACGUGUUCAUGCAGUUGGUUGGAUUUGCGCCAUUUUCAACAUUGCAGUGUUUGCUGCACCCUUAAGUAUCAUGAGGAGGGUGAUGAAGACCAAAAGUGUAGAGUACAUGCCAUUUUCUUUGUCCUUGUUUCUUACCCUCUGUGCUACCAUGUGGUUUUUCUAUGGACUCUUCGACAAGGAUUAUUACAUCAUGCUUCCUAAUGUGCUAGGAUUUUUGUUUGGUUUCGCUCAAAUGGCCUUAUACCUCAUAUACAAGAAUGCAAAUAGCAAAAUUGAGAACAAUAUUCCAGAGCAACAACCAGAAUGGGGAAUCACAGUGCACACUGCACACCAUGAUUGUGAUGGCAACAAAACCAAUUUCCCUUCAGAGAUGGAAAUGAAAGAUAAUGAUCAAGUUUGAUAUGAUGUUAAUGCUAUGGAGGACUUAAUGGUAUUUAGGCACAGGCUAAUAAAUGCUAUAUAAAUAUAUAGAUAUCAAUAAUAAGUUAAUAACAAUGAUGACUACUCUGUAGUAUUAUUAUAAUAUAGGGAGUGUUGUUAAUUUCCAUGCAUUUGACUAUGUUAUAAAUUAAACUAGUGACUUUAGAGAGUUCCUAUUUGGUUUGGUUGUGGUUAGUUGAAAUUGAAGCAGAAUCUUGAAAUUCUGCAUGGUUAAUUUAGCGGUUUAGAAAUUGUUACUAGGAUGUACUUGUUGACUACAUAAUGAAACAGAUCCUAGGUUCUGCUUCAUAGGCUAUAUCACUUGUUUGGGUGUAAUAUUUUAAGACUAUUUGGACCAUACAUAUUUCAUAUAUAAAUAUGUUUAGAGUUGAA